GAUCCAGGUCCCUGUCCUUGCUCUCAAGCUAUUUAACGUGUCCCAAGGCCCUGGGGAGGUGGAGUGAGGUGUGGGCGUAGUCAUAGCUGGGGCUCAGGAAACCUUCUGGGUUGUACAAGGGGCCCCGGGCGGUAGCCACGUUCGGAUUCUGGCUCCAUGCCAGGGGAGGGAGCUGGGGUAAGGGGAGGGCCCUGAGGGAGGGGUCAGCCUCCUUAGGAAAGAGUUAAUGGGGAGAGGGGGAGGGGAUAAGAGGAAGAGAUCGAAAGGAAGGAUCAGGGCCGCCAACUUCAAGCUGCGCCGACGACUUUCAGUUUCAUUUCCUCGGACCCUCUUGCCUGGGCCGCAGCUACCGCCGCGAUGCCCCGUAAGUUCAGCUGCCGGCAGCUCCGGGAGACGGGCCAGUGCUUCGAGACUUUUCUGGUCGAUCAGGGACGGGACAUGGAGACAGAUCGCGAGCAACUGCGGACCAUCUAUAACCGGGACUUCAAGAGCAGUCUUGCCUCCAGCAAAUCCAUGCUCCAAUCCUGAUGCCAGAGUGAUCUGAAAUGCACAUAUGAUCUUGCCACUCCCCUGCUUAAACCCCACCAACCGAGUGGUUCUGUAACCACAGUGUAGCCUCUGACGUGGGCUCAAAGCACAAAGCCAAGCUAUUUGAUCUCUGGAGAAGGAUCCUCCUUUCCCUUCCUGCUUGAGUUCCACCUUCACCCUUUGACUUCAGGUGGAAACUGCUGUCUGAUCAGCCAUCUUGCCCACACUCUCGGGACAUCUGUGCUGUCUCUGGUCCCCUGUCCCUUCUCAGAGCAGGCUGAGCCCCAGACCCACCUCUCUCUGUCACCGUAGUCUCCCCUUAGCCUUAGCUCUUUUUGCUGUGUUGUUUUGGUUUUGUUAUUUUUUUCUGUCCGAAAUAAUUUUCCCAAACACCUUUCCUUUUUCUGUCUUCCCUCAGUCCUCCAAACCAACAGCCCGUCAGUGGGCUUCUCACCUCAGAAAUUCACAAGGCACAAACAAAGUCAUAUUUUUGUCUUAGAAAAUCCCAUUGCCUUCCCUUGGAGCAUUUAAAAUUCCUCAGAUUCCCAGCCCGAGUUUCUCUGCCUCUGGGUCGGGGUGGGGGUGGGGGCAAGUCCUGUUCUGCAGCAGGGCUGGUGUGUUCAGGACAGAGCUGGCCCCAGACCCCUCUCCUAGCCUCUUCCCGCACAAGCCACUCUGCCUCCCACUGGCCCUGCCUUCCCUCACUUUCCAGUCUCCUCUGCUUCCGGCAGCUUUGGGACCCCUGCCCCUGGCUUCUCCUCUGUGCUGUAUGGAAUGAAGAUUGCAAAUCUGGCCUUCGUCACCAAGACUCGGGUCAGGUUCUUCAGACUUGACCGCUGGGCCGCCACAACGGUCCCAGAAAAGAGGAGAAUGAAGCUGGAGUCAGAUAUCAGCAAACAACACAAGUCACUGCUAGCAAAGAUCUUUCAUGACAGGUCUGAGUAUCUACAUGGGAAACAUGGAGUGGACGUAGAAGUCCAGGGACCUCAUGAAACCCGGGAUGGACAGCUCCUCAUCCGCCUGGAUUUGAAUCGGAAGGAGAUACUGACCCUGAGGCUUCGGAAUGGAGGAACCCAACCUGUCACCCUCACCCACCUCUUCCCACUGUGCUGGACAGCCCAGUUCACCUUCUACGAUGACAACCAGGAGCUGCCCUGUCCACUGGGCCCAGGUGAAUAUUAUGAGCUCCACGUCCACUGUAAAACCAACUUUGUGGGCUACUUCCCUGCCACGGUGCUCUGGGAGCUGCUGGGGCCUGGGGAGCCUGGUUCUGAAGGAGCUGGAACUUUCUACAUUGCCCGCUUCUUGGCUGCUGUGGCCCACAGCAACCUGGCAGCACAACUGAAGCCUACGACUCCCUUCAAACGGGCCCAGAUUACUAGACACCCCAUGACGACCAGCCGCGUCGAAGAAGGAGAAAGACCUGACCGUGCUAAGGGCUAUGAUCUGGAGCUAAGCAUGGCGCUGGGAACAUACUACCCACCAUCCCGCCUCAGGCAGCUGCUCCCCAUCCUUCUUCAGGGAAGAAGUAUCUUCACCUCCCCAAAGGAGGUUGUUGACAUCAAGGCCCAGCUGGAGGCAGCCCUGAAACCCAAGAACUACGAGGUGAAGUUCCGGCUGCUGCUACACCUGGAGGAGCUGCAGAUGGAGCGGGACAUCCGCCACUAUGACCUGGAGUCGGUGCCCAUGAUCUGGGACCCUGCAGACCAGAACCCCAGUCUGCUCACGCUGGAGGUUCCUGGCGUGGCAGAGAGCCGCCCCUCGGUGCUGCGAGGUGACCACCUAUUUGCCCUUUUAUCUUCUGAGACAAGCCAGGAGGAUCCAGUCACCUACAAAGGCUUCGUGCACAGGGUAGAACUGGACCGCGUGAAGCUGAGCUUUUCUGAGAGCCUCCUGAACCAAUUUGUGGAUGGGCUGACCUUCAAGGUGAACUUCACCUUCAACCGCCAGCCCUUGCGGGUUCAACACCGGGCUCUGGAGCUGACAGGGCGCUGGCCACUGUGGCCCAUGCUCUUCCCCGUGGCCUCCCAAGGCAUCUCACGGCUGCCCCCGGAUGUGAAGUUCAAGCUGUACGACCGGAGCCUGGAGUCCAACCCGGAGCAGCUGCAGGCCAUGAAGCACAUUGUCAUGGGCACCACCCGGCCAGCCCCCUACAUCAUUUUUGGGCCUCCAGGGACUGGCAAGACUGUCACCUUGGUGGAGGCCAUCAAGCAGGUGGUCAAGCACUUGCCCAAAGCCCGCAUCCUGGCCUGUGCUCCGUCCAACUCAGGGGCUGACCUCCUGUGUCAGCGGCUCCGCAUCCACUUGCCCAGCUCCAUCUUCCGCCUCCUGGCCCCCAGCCGGGACAUCCGCCUGGUACCUGAGGACAUCAAGCCCUACUGUAAUUGGGAUGCAAAGAAGGGGGAUUAUAUUUUUCCCACCAAGAAGAAACUACAGGAGUAUCGUGUCUUAAUUACCACCCUCAUCACUGCCAACAGGUUGGUCUCUGCCCAGUUUCCCAUUGAUCACUUCACACACAUCUUCAUCGAUGAAGCUGGCCACUCCAUGGAGCCUGAGAGUCUAGUGGCCAUAGCAGGGCUGAUGGAAGUCAGGGAGAAGGGUGAUCCAGGAGGGCAGCUAGUGCUGGCAGGAGACCCUCGGCAGCUGGGGCCUGUGCUGCGCUCCCCUCUGACCCAGAAGCACGGGCUGGGGCACUCACUGCUGGAGCGGCUGCUCACCUAUAAUAACCUGUACAAGAAGGGCUCCGGUGGCUAUAACCCCCAGUUCAUAACCAAGCUGCUACGCAACUACAGGUCUCAUCCCACCAUCCUGGACAUUCCUAACCAGCUGUAUUAUGAAGGGGAGCUGCAGGCCUGUGCUGACGUCAUGGAUCGAGAGCGCUUCUGUCGAUGGGAGGGUCUGCCCCGCCAGGGCUUUCCCAUCAUCUUUCAUGGUGUAAUGGGCAAGGAUGAGCGUGAAGGCAAUAGCCCGUCCUUCUUCAACCCUGAAGAAGCAGCCACAGUGACUUCCUACCUGAAGCAGCUCCUGGCCCCCUCCUCCAAGAAAGGCAAAGCCCGCCUGAGCCCCCGAAGCGUGGGCGUCAUCUCCCCAUACCGCAAGCAGGUGGAAAAAAUCCGGUACUGCAUCACCCGCCUGGACAAGGAGCUUCGGGGACUGGAUGACAUCAAGGACUUGAAGGUGGGCUCCGUGGAAGAGUUCCAGGGCCAAGAACGCAGUGUCAUCCUCAUCUCCACUGUUCGGAGCAGCCAGAGUUUUGUGCAGCUGGAUCUGGACUUUAACCUGGGUUUCCUUAAGAACCCCAAGAGGUUCAAUGUGGCUGUGACCCGGGCCAAAGCUUUGCUCAUUAUAGUGGGCAAUCCCCUCCUCCUGGGCCAUGACCCCGACUGGAAAACAUUCCUGGAGUUCUGUAAGCAGAAUGGGGGCUAUACUGGUUGCCCCUUCCCUGCCAAGCUGGACCUACAGGAGGGACAGAACUUGCUCAAAGGCCUCAGCAAGCUCAGCAUCUCUACCUCAGAGCCUCACUCUCAAGACUGCUUCUGCCCAGAACGGGAGGGUGAAGGGGGCCUAGCCCUGCAAGUGGAGCCAGCCUGGAGGGACGAGCUCUGAAGAUACAGCCGCCGGCCUUAGUACACCAGGCAUGCCUUAAAUGUGUGACCCACAACCAGAACCCUGCCUGAACAGGAACCCAGCUGAGUUGCCCUCCAUGUACAAGAGGCUGGGGGAGGGAGUUUACAACCUAAGCCAUUUACCCCCUCCCUUGUUGGGGAGAAUGACACAUCAAGCUGCUAACAAUUGGGGGAAGGAGAAUAAGAAAACCUCUGAAAACAAAAAAUCUUGUUCUAUGCACGAGCCU